AUGAUAAAAGAUAAUACUAUUAACAACUUAAUAGAUGUUUAUAAUCAUAUUAGCAGAGUAAUAGAAAAUUUUUUAAAGUCUUUAAUAAAUUAUAAUGAAAAUAAUUAGAAGAAGAAUUAAUAAAAUUAAGAGAAGGAUGCAAAAUAGCUUAAAUAAUUGGUAAUAUUAUUUAGUAAUAUUUUAGGUUUCAUGA